UAUUGGCAACAAAGAAGUGUCGUCUAUCAGAACGAAUUUCGUAAUAUUAAAACUUUUUUAAAUUGCUUAAUUCGCAUUUUAUAUGGUUUAUAUAUAAUAUAACUUCUGACGAAAGCAACUUACAACUCAUACCAGAUGUUACAUUUAUAAUAAUCCUUACAUUGUGGUAAUCAAUAGAUCAUUAUUCAGUUACGUUAUUUUUACAUGAAACCUUUUAUUAAAGUUUCGAAGCUAUAAACUAUACCAUUGAAAAUAUGAAUAGAAUUUUGCUUGUCAUAAUUCUAUCUUUUUUCAUUAUAAAACUAUUAUGCGCUCAGGAUAUAGAUUUAGGAACUACCGUUUUUGCAAAUGUCUUAUACAGACAUGGAGAUAGGACACCUAUAAGACCUUAUCCAAAUGAUCCUUAUAAUAAUAAAAGUAUGUGGCCAGUCCCAUAUGGUGAAUUGACAAAUCUUGGAAAAUAUCAACAUUUAAUGCUUGGUUAUUGGAUUCGUAAACGCUAUUCACACCUACUAAGUAGUUCAUAUUCUCGAAAUGAUAUUUACAUCCAAAGUACUAAUGUAGAUCGUACUUUAAUGUCAGCAGAAGCACUACUUGCUGGCUUAUAUCCUCCAGUUAGUAGUGAAAUAUGGAGUAGUAUCAACUGGAUACCUAUUCCAGUGCAUACUAUUCCUGAAGAUUUAGAUUAUGUUUUAGCUACUAAAAAGUAUUGUCCCAGAUAUGAUUAUGAACUUGAAAAAGUUCUUAAUUCUCCAGAGAUGAAAAAAAUAGAUAAAGAAAAUGAGAAAUUAUAUGCAUACUUAACAGAAAAGGCAGGAAAGAAAAUUUCAUCUCUAAGAUCUGUUGAACAACUUUAUGACACAUUAUUUAUUGAGAAUCUUUAUAAUAAAACAUUACCAAACUGGACAAAGUCAGUAUUUCCAGAUAAACUUAAAUCCAUUGCUGCAACUAGUUUUACAAUUAGUACCUACAAUAAAAUACUUAAAAGAUUAAAAUCAGGACCAUUACUUGGAGAAAUAAUAGAUCAUAUGGAAAAGAAAUCAAAAAAUGCUUUAGUACCAGAUAGGAAAGUAUGGAUGUAUAGUGGUCAUGAUGAAACUAUAGCCAAUAUGUUAAUGACUCUAAAUGUUUUUGAACCACAUUGUCCACCAUAUACUGCAACAAUCUUAAUAGAAUUAAGAAUAAAUUUAAAAAAUCAAUAUUUUGUAACGGUAUCAUAUAAAAAUACUAGCCAAGAACCACAACUUUUAUCACUUCCUGGUUGUAAUGCAUUAUGUCCCUUGAAUCAAUUUAUUGCACUAACAAAAGAUGUGGUACCUAUAAAUUGGGAAAGAGAAUGUAUAAUGGAUUGGGAACAAUUUGGAUAUAAUAUGAAUACAACAGCAAUUAUUGCAAUAUUGACAUCUUCCAUAUUGAUGUUAAUUUUACUGGUCUUAUCUAUAAUUGGCUUUAUUUAUUGGCAUUAUAAACGAGAACAUAAUCAGUAUUACCUUCGACUAACAACAGAUCCUAUUUAAUUGAAUAUAGCACUGGGGAAAAAAGAGAUUGCUUUUGUUAUAAUGUUCAGUGUCUUCGUAAUUAGAUAAUUAACAAAACUAGGAUAAAUUAUAAAUUCGUAUUUGAUUUUAUAUAUACCAAGGAAGGAAUCAUUGAUAUGAAAAAUAAGCCUGAUACAUUUUAACAUAAAAUGUUUGAAAAGAAUUUUAUACAUUUUAAGAUAUUUGUACCUUUUUAUUGGUGAUAAAAUAUUUCAGUUUAUAAUUGAGGAAGUGAAUAAGUAGAUUCUAUGCAAACAUAAUCCUUUGCAGAUUUUAGUCGAUAAAAAAAAGUUUUAUACACGCGCGCGCGCACACACCAUUCACAUACGCGCAUGCACACAUACAUGUACACAUACGCGUGCGCGCGACAUACACAUAGAGCUGAAAACGAGGCUGUCAUAAUGAUCUCUAUGAUUCCAAAUAGUUUAAUAAAAGGGUAUAAGAUAAUUAAUGGUUUUUGUGAUUGUAAAUUGUGUGCUGUAUUACUUAAAUUGAUUUUUAUCUGUAAUAUAAAAAAAUGAUC